ACCCUAGCGUUCUUUACCAGCGGCUCAUUUUCCCUUCUGGCUCUAAGGUUUUCUUGGACGAGUUGAGAAUGAAGGUGAUAGCUGCCUAUUUGCUUGCCGUAUUGGGAGGGAACCUUAGCCCUUCUGCCGCUGAUCUGAAGGAUAUUCUCGGAUCUGUUGGAGCUGAGGCUGAUGAUGAUAGGAUAGAGUUGUUAUUGUCCCAAGUCAAAGGCAAAGAUAUCACCGAACUAAUUGCAUCUGGAAGGGAGAAGUUGGCUUCAGUUCCUUCAGGUGGUGGUGGUGCUGCCGUUGCUGCUCCUACAUCUGGUGGCGGUGGUGGCAGUGCUGCACCGGCCGCUGAGGCCAAGAAAGAGGAGAAGGUCGAAGAGAAGGAAGAGUCGGAUGAUGAUAUGGGUUUCAGUCUCUUUGAUUAAGCAAGUAAUGCAAAAUAUCAAGGCUUCUCUUAUGCAGCUGUUACUUCAAUUUUAAGCGGUAUAUUGUUUGGUGUGUUUGUGACCUCUGUAGUUGGACAUUGUUCUCUGAUCUUUUAAGUUUGAGUUUUCUUUGGAAAAUGUAGUUUAAGAAAACUAACAAUUCAGUUGAAAUUUUGAAUUUUUGGAUUAAAGCAAGUUAUGAUCUAUAUGUUUUAU